GAUAAAGUCGUUACUGAAUUCAAAUUUAAAAUCAGUCAGAUUCAGUACGCAAAUCACUACGGAAACAAUGUCCAACACCACGAUCGCUACGGAUACAAGAUCGGCAUUCAUACAGGAUUCAUUUGUCUUGUUUUUGUAUAUCAUUACUGGCAUCGUUGCAAUUCUUGGUAAUGGCUUUGUCCUGGCGGUUAUUUUACGGAAUCGAACACGUCACUUUUCAUCAGUCACCUAUACACUAAUUGCGAACAUGGCACUGAGCGACCUUAUAGCCGGACUCAUCAUAUUCGCUCAAUUCGGUUUCUGUUCGACAGAAGCGUUGAGUUGUGGUUUAUCAAUGGAAUUUAUGUGUUUAAUGAUAAAAUUGAUACAAAUCGUGUCCUACUUCGUAUCGACAUACACAAUGACUGCCAUUGCCUAUGAGCGACUACAUGUGAUGAAGUCACCUUUCGCCCCUAAAACACAUCCCAAAUGGUACAUUGCAAUCAGUUGGAUUGUCGGAAUAAUGUACAUAACGAUCUGUACAUUUAAUGUGCGUGUCAGUGAAUUCUUCACCCCCACUGAACUCAUCUCAUGCAAAGUUCUGUUUCAAAUCGGAUUCUUGAACAAGCCAUACGUGCGAACCAUUCGUGCCGUUUUACUGAUGCUGUUGCAAUUCGUUAUUCCGCUGGGAAUCACCAGUGUGAUGUACACAUGGUUGUUGAUCCAAUUGCGCUGUCAGAAAAUCGUAGGUGAGGCAACGGAUGACAAAAUUGCUCGAAAGAAAAAAUCGAACCGGAACUUGACGAUCAUGUUGAUGUUUACUGUGAUCGCAUUUGCAGUCAGUUGGCUUCCAGUUCACAUUUGGCAUCUCGUGAUGUUCUUUCAAAUCAAAUUGAAAGGAAGUAAAUGCAAUUCGUCUCUUGCAUACUCAUUGUGCUACUGGUUCGCUGUCAGUUCGUGUGCUUGGAACCCAUUCAUUUACUGUUUGAGAGGAUCGAAAUUUCGACGCACAAUAUCUGAUUUGAAGAUACGUGUUUUAGGAUCGUCUUCUUCUUAAGAGAAAAUUUAUGACUGCCCAACACUUAUGCUGGUCCCAAAAUACGAAAAUUCGAACAUUUUUAGGUAAUCCUACGAAGCAAGCUUACAUUAAAUUAUUAUUUGAAAAAAAGUCUUUG